CCACCUCCCUCCCCCGCCCCUCACAGGUGGCAGUGAUGUGGAGAAGACUUCUCACAAGUGGAUCAGCACCAGACGAGUGGUCGACCGCUAAAACCGUGCUUGGUGUUUUUUUGGAGUGAAACUGUCUAUUUCCGGGUAGCACCAUGGCGCCGUCCAUCACUCGCUUGUGCCGCAGUGUAGCUCUCUCGACGUGGCUCGUCUCCUCCCUGUGCUCCGUACACCUGUUGUGCUUGGACUUCACCGUAGCCGAGAAGGAGGAGUGGUACACGGCCUUCGUCAACAUCACCUACCUGGAUCCUCUCACCGCUAAGCCACGGAGCGACAAGAGCGAGUGCGGCCGCUAUGGCGAACACUCCCCCAAAAGGGAAGCCCGGGGGCUGGUGCUGGCGCCGUCGCUGCCGCAGGAGCGUCAGAUGUGCGAGCCGGCCGCCCGCUUCCCUCCGGCGUCGCGCUCCGCCGCCGCCUGGGUGGCCCUGGUGGCCGCGGGGAACUGCACAUAUCGCGAGAAGAUCCGGAACGCGGCCGGCAACAACGCCUCGGCGGUGGUCGUGUACAAUGUGGGCUCCAGUGGUACCAAUGACACGAUCACCAUGCCCCACUCUGGUACAGGCGACAUAGUGGCCAUCAUGAUCCCGGAGAACAAAGGUCGGGAGAUUAUGGCGCUGCUGGAGCAGAACGUCGCCGUCACCUUGCACAUCACUGUAGGGACGCGCAACCUGCAGAAGUAUGUGAGCAGAACGUCGGUAGUGUUUGUCUCCAUCUCCUUCAUCAUUCUCAUGAUAAUCUCCCUCGCCUGGCUUGUCUUCUACUAUAUCCAGAGAUUCCGCUAUGCUAAUGCCCGCGACCGCAACCAGAGACGCUUGGGGGACGCUGCCAAAAAAGCCAUCAGCAAGCUUCCAGUACGGACCAUUAAGAAAGGAGACAAGGAGACUGAGCGCGACUUUGAUAGCUGCGCCGUGUGCAUCGAGCCCUACAAGCCUAACGACGUUGUCAGGGUGCUACCUUGCCGGCAUGUGUUCCAUAAGCACUGCGUGGACCCGUGGCUGCAUGAUCACCAGACGUGUCCCAUGUGUAAAAUGAAUAUACUCAAGGCCUUGGGAAUUUUGCUCAACGUAGACUGCCAGGACGAGUCGCCGCCGGACUACGAGAUGACGCUGGGGGGUCCGUCUGACAACCCGGCCAUCAGCGGGGCCAGCGAUAUCACCGUCAACGAGAGCUCCGUGGCACUGGAGCUGGUCGAGAGGGCGACGGAUCCGACCCGGCUCGGUCCCAACAUGGGGUUGGCGCCGCAGGCGGAGGAGAACUACAUCAUUUCUGGCAGUGAGCACCAGCUGCCACUCAGCAGCGAUUCCGACUCGUCGCUCAACGCGGUAAGCGGGCCGCAGGUAGACAAUGUUGGCUCCGGAGCUGACCCGGGAUUAUUUCAAGGUGACGAGAGGAUUGUAGAAAAGGAGGAGAAGGGGAGCCCAAGCGCUUGAGGGCCAACAGAAAUGUCACGCUCUCGCCAUCUACUGGACAUAUUUGUCACUGCAUCCACGGACACUGCCCUUGUUGAGACCCCCCACAUUUAAGCCGAUGAAAAGUUUCAACAUGGUGGUUUACAAAUCCACAUUUUAUCGGUUCGUUUUUGCAUCUCGUGUUGGCAGUUAAGACUUUAAAAAAACGGUUGCCUUUCUUCCCGAGCCACUAAAAAGGACACAAACGAAUGAAAGGUUCAAUGGAAUCUAGAAAUAAGUUAUGUCCGAGAUUACUGCCAUCCCUCUCCCCAAUUUUCAACAGCCCGUCACUCUUGACACAUCCUCUUGUAUGGACAAUUGUUUUUGCACAAGUGAUGUCAACCUCGAGGGUCAGGAGGUGAAACGCUGAGCACACUGCAGACGCACCUCACAAACCCGUCACGUCUGUCCCGUGCGUCUCCGUUUUGGUCUUAAGGGAAACAGAAGCGGACCAAUCACGGGACGCCAGGCGUAACACUUGUUUACUGUUGCCUAGUAGAAAAUGCUGCAUCAUUCAGUCCAAGAUAUUUAAAAAUGUCCUUUCAGCGGGGUCGGAUGUGUUUGGAUAAAUCAGUUGCAGGGUACCAGGUUUUUUAUUUUAGGAACAACAAACGGUUCCUUAGCUUUGAUUGGCCACUUUAAACUCCCAAUGGACAACCUGGUACUUCUGAAGUCGUGUGAGAAAAUGCGAGAUUUAUAAAUGACACAUCACCAGGUUCUCUUAACUUAAAUGUGUAGCCACACUUAACUGACUGUUUCUCCUGCCUGUAACCGAAGUUGGUUCUCCGCGUCAAAAGACGCCCGUCCUCGUUACCUGUCUUGUCGUAAACCUGUUGCACUUUAUCGCUCCAGUGAGUGAGACGAUUGUAAAGUGUGGGAGUGAGAAUGCGGAGGACGUAGCAUUGAUACAGCACAUGACUCGUGCUAGCUUGUGAUAUUUGAUGUCUAUAGAGGGACCAAUGCUGUAUAUUGCACACCGUCCAGCAAAGAUUACGCCAUCACUAUUUUGUAACGUAUUGUGUGUAUAUAUAUAUAUUAUUAGAAAAAUGUUAACCGUGAUGCACGUGUAAGCAUUGUGCUGGAAUAAAUUCCAGAUUAUUUUUA